UUUUUUAUAUAUUUGUAUUUAUUUAUUCUAAUGAGAAUCUUCAAAAAAAAAAAACAUGGAUAAUUUUGUAAAAAGAACAGUUGAUGUAGCCAUUGAUGACGAUAUUGGAUUUGAAUCUCUAUUACUUUCGCCUGAUGUUUUAUUGGGGUUAAAGGCUGUUGGAUUUGAUCGACCAUCUCCCAUACAACUGCAAUCAAUACCUUUAGCAAAGUGUGGAGCAGACUUGGUUUGUCAGGCAAAGAGUGGUACUGGUAAAACGUGUGUAUUUGCUGUUACUGCUUUAGAAUCAAUCAAUUUAUCUUUAUCAAAACUACAGGUGCUGGUGUUGGCUCCAACAAGAGAAAUCGCACAUCAAAUUCAUGAUGUCAUUAUGAAAAUUGGUCAAAAAAUGAAAUCAUUAAAAUGCUCACUUUUUAUUGGUGGAAUGCCAAUACAACAUGAUGUGGAUAGUAUUAAAUCCUGUCACAUUGCAAUCGGAACACCAGGCAGGAUUAAAAGUUUAAUUGAAAGCAAUAUUAUGUUAACAAAGUCGAUUCGAUUGUUUGUGCUUGAUGAAGCUGAUAAGUUAUUGGAAGAAGGUUUUCAAGAACAAAUUAAUUGGAUAUACUCUACGCUUCCUAAACAAAAACAAGUUUUGGCACUCUCAGCUACAUAUCCUCAGCAUUUAGCAGAUUACUUGAGUAUUUAUAUGAAUGAGCCUAUUCAUGUUAGAAUUAAUACUGAUGAUUUGAACUUAAAAGGUGUAAGACAAAUGUUUACUACUGUGAAACAUCACGCUCUGCCCAACCUUCUUUAUAAUGAAAAGUGUGAAGCUUUAUUAAACUGUAUUGAAAAUGUACCAUUUCAUCAAUGUAUGGUUUUUUCAAACUAUCAAUCCAGAGCAUCUCAUCUUUGUACUUUGUUGAACAAAAAAGGAUGGCCCUGUACUUUCAUUGCAGGAAGCCAACUGCAACCAACCAGAUUAAAAGCUAUUUCUGAACUAAAAAGUUACAGUUGCAGAAUCCUAGUAACUACAGACUUGAGUGCACGUGGAAUUGAUUGUGAUAAAGUUAAUUUGGUUGUUAAUCUUGAUAUGCCAUGGGACACUGAAACUUAUCUUCAUCGUGUUGGGCGUGCUGGACGCUUUGGUACUUAUGGGCUUGCUAUAUCCAUUGUGUCCGGUGCAGAUGAAAUAAAAAAGUUGAUUGAAGUUAGUGAGAACAUCAAUUGUGAUAUUGUUCAACUGCCAGAUGAUUUAAGUCAAUUAUCUGACACAAGUAGAAAAAUUGUGAAUGAAAAAACUAUAAAAGACAUGUCAGAUGAACUCCUAUUCAAUAAAACGAACUUAUACACUGAUCGAUCAAAUCAAAAAGAAAAUCGUUUGGGAUUGCCAAUUAAAAAGGAUUGUAGUAUUACUCUUGAUGCGGCAAUGAGUGAAAAAUCUGUUAGUCAAAACGUUCUAGAUUUAAAAGAAGUCAAUGUAACGUCUAAAAUAUCUGAAGCAAAUAACAUUAAAGAAAAGAAUUCAGCUUUUGAAAAUUCUUGUGAAUCUGAUCAACUUUCGGAAGCAACAAAAACUCUUUCAAUACACGAAAAAAUACCUAUUAAAAAUUAUAAUAACUGUUUGUUUUUGGCCCAAUCCAAUAGCAUUGAUAAAAAUGUUUUGAAAAUGAUAGAAGAAACUAAUUCAGUAAUUCUAAAUCAGGCAUAUUCAGUAAAUAAGGAGUCUAUGAGAUUUACUAAUGAUCCAAGUGAUGCAUCAAACGAUAACUUUUCGGUUCUAAGUAGUUCAACAAUUGUUGAAAAAUCUCCAAGUUUUGUUACAGAUAAUAAAUCAGUUUCGACUAGUCUAGUAAAUAAUAUAGAAUCUGCUUCAGGCUGUGAAACGAGCGAUAAAGAAUUGGCUUCAAAUAUUGCAACUUGUGACAAUAAUAUAACUCUAAGUAUUGUAAGUAAUGAUAAAGAAUUGUUUCCAAAUAUGGUAACUAACGAUAAUAAAUUGGGUUCAAUGAGUAAAAUGUUAUCAAUUAAUGAUAAAGAUAAAAAAAAAUUGCUUUCAGAUAAACUUCCUAAAUAUUUGUCAUUGUUUUCUAAUCGACCAACAAAAACUAAUUUAGAUAACCAAGAAAACAAUUUUCCUGAAAUUGAUUCCGCAGAGAAUCCAAAGAACAAAAAUCUAGCAUUAAAUACAGUAUUUGCUAAAUCAAUUCCAGAUAAAGUUAAAAAAGUACCGCAAACAAUUUCCAAAUUUAACCCUAUGGCAACUUGUUUAAACUUGAUGGAUUUUUCAACUUUUACUGUUAACAAUCAAAUGACUGAAAAUCGAAUUGAAAUGAACCAAUUACCAAACGAUAAAUGUAGUUAUUUGUUAGAGUUACCAAAUAACGAUUGUAAUGGUAAUGGUGAUGAUAAAAACAACAAUGAAUCAGAUUGUUUCGAAUAUACAGCUUGCUCUAAGGGAGCUUCAGCACACUUAGAUGUUGACCAUAAGUUGUCGAGUUCUGAUUUUAGUCAGUCUGACCUUAGUGACCUUGAUGAUCAUCAUGAUUCUGAUCAUUUUACUGAAAGUUUAUCUGAAGACGAAAGUAAAAUAUCGGAAGAAUUUUUAGACUAUACCGACCAUGGUGAGACACCAGAUGAUAGAUCACUUAUUAGAGACUCUCCGAAUCAUCUUGAUUUUUCAUCUAAUAUUUCUGUGUAUGAAUAUUCCAGUGGUGUACAACAUUUCAAUCAUAUUACUACUCUUCAAAAGUCUUCUUCGACUAAAACUUGGAAUCAGCCACGAUUUGUUGAAUGUUUUGGUCAAGCUUAUUUAAAACACAUAUCAGAAAUUAUACGAUACCAAACAAAAUACCAAAAAUUAUAUAAACAAGAAUAAAUUUUUGUUUUGCUUAA